CCUCCUACUUCCCGGGCUUCCAUCCCAAUUUCUGCUAGGAAUUCGGAACCUUCCCUGCAGCGACUCAGAAGAUCCGAGGCGGCGGGGGACAAGUCGGCGCCCCAGAGCGGACGAGUCACCAGGUGUCAAGAUGCUGCGAGUCCAUAGGACUGGACUGGGCAGGCUGGAGGUCAGCCUCUCCAAGGGUCUUCACCACAAAGCUGUGUUGGCCGUCCGGAGGGAGGAUGUGAAUGCCUGGGAGAGAAGGGCCCCCCUAGCUCCCAAGCACAUCAAAGGCAUCACCAAUCUGGGAUACAAGGUCUUGAUACAGCCUUCGAAUCGACGGGCCAUUCAUGAUAAGGACUAUGUCAAAGCUGGUGGCAUUCUUCAGGAGGAUAUUUCCGAAGCUUGUCUAAUUUUGGGAGUUAAAAGACCUCCAGAGGAAAAAUUAAUGUCCAGGAAGACUUACGCAUUUUUCUCCCACACAAUAAAAGCUCAGGAGGCCAAUAUGGGCUUGUUGGAUGAGAUUCUAAAACAGGAAAUUCGCCUUAUUGAUUAUGAGAAAAUGGUGGAUCAUAGAGGAGUACGGGUAGUGGCAUUUGGACAGUGGGCCGGUGUGGCAGGGAUGAUCAACAUUUUACAUGGAAUGGGUUUAAGGCUCCUUGCUUUGGGACAUCACACACCUUUUAUGCACAUUGGCAUGGCUCAUAACUACAGGAAUAGCAGUCAGGCUGUGCAAGCUGUUCGUGAUGCUGGCUAUGAAAUAUCUUUGGGUUUGAUGCCUAAGUCAAUAGGGCCCUUAACAUUUGUGUUCACAGGAACUGGUAAUGUUUCUAAGGGAGCCCAAGCAAUCUUUAAUGAGCUACCUUGUGAAUAUGUGGAGCCCCAUGAAUUAAAAGAAGUUUCCCAAACUGGAGACCUCAGAAAAGUGUAUGGGACGGUGUUAAGUCGUCAUCAUCAUCUUGUCAGGAAAACAGAUGGUGUGUAUGAUCCUGCAGAGUAUGACAAACAUCCUGAGCACUACAUAAGUCGUUUUAAUACUGAUAUUGCACCCUAUACAACUUGCUUAAUUAAUGGAAUCUACUGGGAACAAAACACUCCUCGCCUCCUAACCCGCCAAGAUGCUCAGAGUCUCCUGGCUCCAGGCAAGUUCUCAGCUGCUGGUGUGGAAGGCUGCCCUUCAUUACCACACAAACUUGUGGCAAUAUGUGACAUUUCAGCUGACACAGGAGGGUCUAUAGAGUUUAUGACUGAGUGUACAACAAUAGAGCGUCCCUUUUGCAUGUAUGAUGCAGACCAGCAUAUUAUUCAUGACAGUGUUGAAGGCUCAGGGAUCCUGAUGUGUUCCAUUGACAAUUUGCCAGCACAGCUCCCGAUUGAAGCUACAGAAUGCUUUGGAGACAUGCUUUACCCUUAUGUUGAAGAAAUGAUAUUAUCAGAUGCGACACAGCCUCUUGAAAGUCAGAAUUUUUCUCCUGUGGUGAGAGAUGCAGUGAUUACAUCCAACGGUACAUUACCUGAUAAAUAUAAAUAUAUCCAGACACUCCGGGAGAGCAGGGAAUGUGCUCAGUCACUUUCAAUGGGCACCAGAAAGGUUUUGGUUCUUGGAUCUGGCUAUGUAUCUGAGCCUGUAUUGGAAUAUUUAUCAAGAGAUGGCAAUAUAGAAAUAACAGUAGGCUCUGACAUGAAGAAUCAAAUUGAACAGUUAGGCAAGAAAUAUAAUAUUAAUCCUGUUAGCAUGGACAUUUGUAAACAAGAAGAGAAGCUGGGCUUCUUGGUGGCAAAACACGAUCUUGUCAUCAGCUUGUUGCCUUAUGUAUUGCAUCCUCUUGUGGCCAAGGCCUGCAUCACAAACAAAGUUAACAUGGUCACUGCAAGCUACAUCACACCAGCACUAAAAGAAUUGGAAAAGAGUGUGGAAGAUGCCGGCAUCACAAUCAUUGGUGAAUUGGGAUUGGACCCUGGUCUUGAUCACAUGUUAGCAAUGGAAACAAUAGAUAAAGCCAAGGAAGUGGGAGCCACGAUUGAAUCAUAUAUUUCCUACUGUGGUGGGCUUCCAGCCCCCGAACAUUCGAACAAUCCAUUGAGAUAUAAAUUUAGCUGGAGUCCGGUGGGAGUUUUGAUGAACGUAAUGCAGUCUGCCACCUAUCUGCUUGAUGGAAAGGUUGUGAAUGUUGCAGGGGGCAUCUCCUUUCUUGAUGCCGUUACAUCCAUGGAUUUUUUCCCAGGAUUAAAUUUGGAAGGCUAUCCUAACAGAGACAGUACGAAAUAUGCUGAGAUUUAUGGCAUUUCUUCUGCUCACACUUUGUUGCGGGGGACACUGAGAUAUAAGUAUUCACUGGAGUCUCAAGUGCUAUGCGAUGGCAGAGUUGUGGCAGCAUCCCCAGGCUCUCAGGAUCAAAUUCAGUGGGAAUAAAAAAUGAUACCGUUCUAAUAGCCAAAAAUACGAUUUUUGUCUCAUUAGCUCCCUAAGGUCAGUGGGAUAAAAUGUGCUCAUCUACUUUGACCUAUGUUAUAUGUCCCUAGAAAUGGAGAUGGAUUCAAUGUCAUUAAAAAAUGAGGACUGGGGUGGAGGAAACAGACAAGAUUAAAGGGGCCUCCCCAGAGCAAAUCCAAAAUGUUUUUAAACCACAAAAUGGGGAGUACAUUCUAGGAGCAUAAAUGCAAAUGUCCACUACACAUUUGUUGAUCACAAAAAAAGCAGUUACAAGUGUAACCAAAUCAAGACAACUGGUUUAAUAGUUUUCUAGCAUAAUAUCACAAAUUGGGUAGCUUGAAACAAUAGAGAUUUAUUCUGUCACCAUUCAGGAGGCCAGAAGUCUGAAAUCAAGGUGUGUGUGAGUAAGGUUGGUGCCUUUUGGAGGCUUGACUUUGAGACACAUCCAUCCAGUUUGUGCCUCAGUUUCAUAUCACCCUCUUCUGUAUGUCUCACUGUGUUGCCUCCCGUCUUAUUAGGGCACUAGUCAUUGGACUUAGGGUUCACCCUAAAUCCGGGUUGACUUCAUAUUGAGAUCCUUAAUUAAUUCUAUCUGCAAACAUUCAAGUGAAGCCAUAUUCUGAGGCUCUGGAUGCCCAUAAAUUUGGCGACAGGGCACUCAACUCAACCUAAUGUAACCAGCAUACCUAAAAUACAUGCGUCUCUCAAGAUCAGAGACCUGGCUGCAAAUCUGUCUGUCUUGUGAGAUUUCCUGGCUAAGGCCAGAGAGGGGAUUUGUCUCAUGUGUGUUAUCUAGUAUUCUCUAAUUAUCUUUUUAACUGGAAGAUGUAAGGCACAUGGACCUGUCAGUGAUGACUCUUCAAUCAUGUGCCUGCUUUUCUGUCGCUCUCUUAUCUUUUUUUGCUGGCUGUUCCUUUUGCCUGGAAAUUUUCCUCCAAGUAUUUGUAUCGUACUCCUUCAGGCCUUGUUCUUUUCUUCUUUGCAACCCUGCCCCUGGUAACCCGGUUUUAUUAUCUAUCUCUGCAUAUUUUACUUUCUUAAAAAAAAGGAUUCUGCAUGUAAGUGAGAUCAUGCAAUAUUUUACUUUUUGUGUCUCACUUAUUCCACUUAGCAAAAUGUCUUCCAGGUUCACCCACCUAUCUGUUCUUAAAAAGAAAACAACUACUGUAUUUCUUACUCUUGAGAGCUUCUGUUACAUUUAUGGGCACUUAGCGUUUACUUGUCAGCAUUUUAAAUGAUAAUUUUAUGUAUAUUUUUCUUGUCUCCCCAAAGAGAUUGUAAGCUCCUAGAGAGCAGGUGCUUGUACUCCAUGAAUAUGACUUUUUCAUUGUCCAGGAAUCAAAUGAGACAUCAAUGACAAUGUCCUCCUGAGAUCUAGGAGCUGUGGCUCUUCUACCAACCUUUAGGCACAGUAGAAAUUCUAGUCUGAACUCAUGCAUACUAUCCCCAGCUCUGGCAGAUUUCUUCAUCUCUUUUCUUCAAUUUGUUCAAAGAAUAUGAGUAGUAACUUUUUUUUUUUUUUUUUUGGCCAGUAGUUAGGAUAUAUGGCUUUCAGUAUAGUCUUUUGACAAACAUAUAGAUCCUGGAAUGAAGGAUUUUAAUAGAUUUAAACAUUGAAUAAAGGUCUCAACAAGGUGUGCAAGUGGGAGACAUCCCCACAGAUUCUGAGGAUGGAAGAUGUCACAGUGUUCAUAAUCAUAAGGGCCACCAUCCUGGGCAAUGCCAGCAACCCUUUGGUAACCCUAACAUUCUUUCCAGUACUGGAGAUGAGAUACCAUCAUUCAAAUAUGACAAAGAGGCCUUGGCUACUCUCCUUCUCUGCCUGCCUGUCACCUGCUUGUCCUUCUAGAUGUAGCUUAAUAGCACCUUCCUAUGGUAUCCUCCCUAACUCCUUCCCCUUGAACCACCCACCCCCAUCUAUGUGAGUUCCCCUUCUUUUGUGCUCCCACAGCUAUGUUUUCCUGUAACCUAGCACAUAUUAAUAUAAUACUCUGCUACAGUUUAGUCAUCAGUGGUGAUGCAUUUUUGUGCUCCAUGGACUAGGAAUUAUUUACUUGACUUAUCUGACCCUUCUGUUGACUGCAGUUUCUGCAUAGAUGGGACUGCAUUUUUUUUUCGUCUCUGUGGCCUCAGUCCCUAGCACAAGUCUGACAUAUGGCAGCAGUUUGCUAAAUGCUUAUUGAUGAAUGAAUACCUAAAAUAAAUUCAUUUCUAGGGGUCAGCAUAAAAAUAUAUUUCUGAGAUUAAUAAAUAGCUCAGAAAUCAGCAUUUUAGAUGUUGGAUAAAGGGAUCUCUAUCACCUAACAGGUCCCAGAAGCGAGCUAAACAAGCUAGUGAUAUUACUUUUCUGUUUCUCCUCUUUGAAGUAUAUUUGCAUUUGGAUUAGAGCAAAUGAGAAUUCUUUUUUUAGUAACCUUUAAACAGUUUGAACAAUAUAACCUUUAGAAAUGUGAAAAUUGCUAGUUGACCAGACAUUCAGUUGUGAAGUAUCUGAUGGUUACAGGAACUAUUUUAUAUUUUAAAAACUCUGUUGCUCCCUAGAAUUACUUCCCUCUCUCUCUUUUCUUCUCUCUCUCUCUGCUUGAGCAGUAAUUACAGCAGCUGCAAAAUUUCUUAUCUUAGCCCUCUCACCCUGCUUCCCAUUGGCACACUGGAGAAUAAACCAUUAUGGUCUUUCUUCACUUCAUCUAUUAUUCAGAAUCUAUUUAUCCAGCCAUUUGUUCCUUUUUAGGGGAUUGGAAUGCUGAAUAAUGGAUUGGAAUGUUGAAUAAUGUUGAAUACCUUCCUAUGGUAUCCUCCCUAACUCCUUCCCCUUGAACCACCCAGCCCCAUCUAUGUGAGUUCCCCUUCUUUUGUGCUCCCACAGCUAUGUUUUCCUCUAACCUAGCACCUAUUAAUAUAAUACUCUUCUACAGUUUAAUCAUCAGUGGUGAUGCAUUUUUGCUCACCAUGGACUAGGCAUUAUUUGCUUGACUUAUCUGCCCCGAAGUGGGCAUUGGGAUGAAGAAUAUGCACACAAAUAAAAUAUAAUAUAACAUAAUAUAAUAUAAUACAGAUAUUAUUUCCCUCCUUUCAAUACCUACAGUACAGCAGCUGAAUAGACAAUUAAUUACAAGCUGUAUUAAUUGCCAUGAUAAAGGUAUAUACAAAAUGCUACAAGAAGGGAGUCUCCACUCACCUAGGGGACUCAGAAGAGGUGCUAAACUAGGUCUGAAGGGAGGAGAAAACAUUUCAUAAAUGAAGAAGUAUGGACAACACAUUCCAGUUACAGGAGCAGCAUAUACGGAGGCCCUGGUUUCUGGAGGAACACAGCGCAUUUGGGGAAUAGUAAAAGUGGAGAUCUGUGAGUUAGGUUAGAUGAGCAUAUUGUGAUGGGUUUUAUAUACUAUACCAAGGACCUCAGGUUUGCUUUGUAGACAAUGAAAGACAUAUGAGGAAUUUUUAUCAGAGUGGUGAUGUCAUCAUUAUCUUAGAAAAAUCUCUCUGAUUCCUACCUCUUUUUCUUCUCUCCGUAUAUCUUGGGGGUAGUGGCUCUAAUCAGUAGAUUGGAUUAUCUGCUUUUGAGGAGGAUAUUCUUACAAGUUCCUCCUUCCAUUAUAAGAAAGAGCUCAACUGACUGUUCUAUUAAAUAAUAUUCUGCUGAGCUGACAGCAUAUAACACAUAAGAAAAUUUGCCCUUAUGCUGCCAGAAAAUUUCAUUCACAUGUUACCCAGAAACAGAAGUAAAGACCUAAGUUUUACAAGGUCUUUUAUGUAAACCAGUGGAAUUGUUAUGACACUAUUGAUCUCAGUUUGAGUUUGAAAUUAGUUGUAACUAUAUCCUCAAUACAUUUUUUUUUUUUGGUGGGUUGUGGAGAGGGGUUUCUAGUAAAGAUGAGAAAACCUGCUUGGCAAAUUCUAAAAGAGCUGUAG